AUGCUCAGCACAGCAGUGCGGCUCUCGGUCCUGCUCGGCCUCCUCGGCUUUGGGCAAGGCCAGAUGUUUCACAUGGGACCAUGCCCAGAUCCACCAGUCCAAGAAGACUUCGAUAUCAACAAGUAUUUGGGGAAAUGGUAUGAGAUAGAGAAGCUGCCCUCAAGUUUUGAGAAAGGAAGCUGCAUCCAGGCAAAUUACUCGCUGAAGGAGAACGGGAAGUUCAAGGUGAUCAACAAGGAGAUGCUUUCCAAUGGCAAAGUCAACGAAGUCGAAGGAGAAAUCAUGCACAUGGAUGUAAAGGAGCCAGCCAAGCUGGGUGUCCGCUUUAACUGGUUCAUGCCUUCUGCCCCUUACUGGGUCAUCUCCACCGACUAUGAAAACUACUCACUGGUUUACUCCUGCACCAACAUCCUCUGGCUCUUCCACAUUGACUAUGCCUGGAUUCUAUCAAGAGCUCCUGAGAUGCACCCAGAAACCGUGGAGCACCUGAAGAGCGUCCUCCAGUCCUACAAGAUCGACACUGAGAAAAUGAUGCCCACAGAUCAACUUAACUGCCCUCCUGAGAUGUAA